CAGAGCCCUAAGAGGUUCACGAGAUCUUUUUUCGUCAUGUAACCUGCGCUUUAUAUUUUCCGCGGAGUGUAUGAAAUACAGUUUAGGAGUUUAUUGCCCAUUUUAACAUUUUGAGUAACAAUUACCACAUUUUAACGGAGAAACCGGAGGUCCUUUAAAUAAAACACAGAAUGGGUGUACGUUUAAUUGACGCCGUAUUUUACGCAUGUGCGCACAUAUGUUUAUUAGUUUGCAUGCUUCAAAGUGCUCAGUCUCAGCGACAGCGAGAUUCAAGGCCGGCGAAUGCUGGAAGUGCGGCUCUCAGACAGACAAUUCAAUGGCAGCACAAUGGCAAGCUCUUUAGUAUUCUGAGCCAAGGAUCAGAAUAUCAGCCACCAUUGAAAAGAGACGGAGACCAGCCACAAGUUAGACCAAUAGCUAUUGUAAGCAACCACCACGCGGCUACGAGAGUCAAUGAAUCGGCUGGAUCUUCACGACCUGGACUAAGACAAGGACCUGCGGGGUCACCGUCCCGCACCAUAGCGCAUCGGAGUGAUUUGCGCUGGUUACCAAGCGGAGGUCGAGAGCGCGCUAGGGGAUCCCUCGUCCGUAGAAAUCACACUGGAGCCGACCCGCUGGAAACUCGGGUUAACGGCACUGCGCGAAACACAAACGUGAGUCCAUCUUCACCAAUGAGUGUCGGAGAACGAGAAGAAAUGAUGGCAGGGGACGAUCCUUAUAAUCCGUACAAAUCAAGUGACCCAGACAACCCUUAUUACAAUUACUAUGACACGUACGAAAGACCGCGUUCUAGAGCGAGACCUGGAUACGGCACAAGCUACUUUCAGUACGGCUUGCCUGAUCUUGUGGCUGACCCGUACUACAUACAAGCCUCCACUUACGUCCAAAGAGUUCCGAUGUACAACCUCAGAUGUGCUGCAGAAGAAAACUGCCUUGCAAGUUCGGCUUACAGGUCGAGUGUGAGAGAUUAUGACACACGGAUGCUGCUCCGAUUCCCCCAGCGUGUGAAGAACCAGGGGACGUCUGACUUCCUGCCAAACCGUCCACGCUACGCCUGGGAGUGGCACAGCUGCCACCAACACUACCACAGUAUGGACGAGUUCAGUCACUAUGACCUACUGGAUGCCAGCACCCACGCGCGUGUGGCUGAGGGUCACAAGGCCAGCUUCUGCCUGGAGGACACGUCCUGCGACUAUGGAUACUACAGACGGUUUGCAUGCACCGCCCACACACAGGGCCUGAGCCCAGGAUGUUACGACACUUACAGUGCGGACAUCGACUGCCAGUGGAUAGACAUUACAGAUGUAAAGCCAGGCAACUACAUCCUUAAGAUCAGUGUUAACCCCAGUUACCAGGUGCAGGAGUCUGACUACACCAACAAUGUGGUGCGCUGUGACAUUCGCUACACCGGAAAUUAUGCCUAUGCAUCAGGGUGUCACAUGUCACCGUAUUAAAUCACAUUCAGCUCUACAUCCCGACGAAGGACAGAUCACGAGAGACGUUUCCUCAGUCAAAGCUAGUUUAAUGUGAGUCAGUGUGAGGAAAAGCAGCAUACAGAAAAGUCCGUUUAAAAUGCUAAUGAGGAAUCAUAUAGAAGGAAUAUCGCUAUAUUUCUGUUAGUUAUGUUAGGACAUUGAAACUGUCACUUAAUAUUCAGUCCUGUGUUUCAUGGGGAGAUUUUUGGGGUUAAUUUUGACAUAAUAUUGUUUAAUUAUUUGAUAUUUCAUGUAAAUUCUUAUAAAGUGUUUUAUUAAGAACAUAAAAGUUUACCCAAAAAAGUAUGUUAGAUAACUUCCUGCUGAAGAUAAAAUGGUUGUUCUGGUGAGAACCAUUAACAUUGCAGAAAACAUGGCUCCUUCAGCAGUGCAACUACCUUCUCAGCUAGUAACAGCCAAAAACUUCAUGUUUGAGCAGCUAAGAACUUCACACGGAUCCCAGCUGGGGGUACUGAGCUGUGAAAUGCUUUAGUGUGCUAAAAUGAUGGUAUCCAUGACAUUAUAUUUGUGUAUUCUGAGUAGACAUUUUUAAAGCUCAUAUUACUGCAACACGUUUGUAUGUAUUACAAGAAAAUUACUUGAAUAAAUCACCUUUCAUUCACUGGA